CUGAUUUUUAUUGUUGUGUUUUUUUUUUUUUUGUUUGUUUUUUGAUCGAUUAUAAUGCACGGCGUGUAUUAUCUGUGCAUAUGGCUAUUUAUGUUGGCAGCGAUACCAGGAGCACGGAGCCAGCUGCCCGAGUCGCGGAUCAUCAAUGGCACGGUUGCCAGCGUGGCCGAGACAAAGCACCUGGUCUCCAUACGUCUGCGCUCGAACGACAAGAACUUCGGUAGCGGCCACAUCUGCGGCGGCUCGCUAAUUGGCCCCAACAAGGUGCUGACCGCCGCCCAUUGCCUGUACAACACCUCGAAGAAGCGCUACCGCAAGGCCAAGGAGUUCGUCGUCGUUAUGGGCACGCUCAAUCGCUACGAGCGCAACAACAACACGAUUGUCUCCUAUGUCAGCUCGAUUGCCUACAUGAACACCUUCAGCACGGACAGCAUGCGCGACGAUGUCGGCGUCAUGUUUCUGACCAACGGUCUGGCCGUCAACGGCAGCCAUCCCACCAUCGCUCCCAUCCAGCUGGCCAGCGAAGUGACGCCCGCGGGCGUCACAUGCCAGGUGUCCGGCUGGGGACGCACCGAGCAGAGCUCGCUGUCGAACGUGCUGCUGACGGCCAAUGUGAGCACCAUACGCCACCUGACCUGUGCCAGCAUUUAUGGCGGCGGCCUGCUGCCCGGCAUGCUGUGUGCCGGACGUCUGCGUGGCGGCACCGACUCCUGCCAGGGCGAUUCCGGCGGACCGCUGGUGUACGAGGGCCGGCUCAUUGGCAUCGUCUCGUGGGGCUAUGGCUGUGCGGAGCCGGGUCUGCCCGGCGUCUAUGCAGACGUCCAGUACUACCAGCAAUGGAUCGAGGAGCGCAACGGCAGCUUCAGGCUGUCGGCAGCCCCACAGAUCUGGCUGUGGCUUGGCAGCGCCUUCUACUGGCUGUGGUCGAGAGGCUAGGCACUGGAAGUAAA